AUGGAUAUUGACACAUUUACUUCCUUAAAACCCAGCGAACUGCAGGCCCUCAGUGUCAAGAAUGUGAAAAAUUUGCUUGGUGUAAACCUCCCUGAUCUAAAACGAGCUGAAAAUCAUCCAUCUGUGACCAGCUGGAACCAGAGGCACUAUCAGUUGGAACUGGACAGCGUCCUGGGCAUCGGGCUGCACGGGGGAAUGCCAGAGCCAGUCUCAAUGACAACAGCUAGCAUUGGGACUUCCGCUACCCCUGAUACCAGCGCCAUCCCACCUCCCAGCACCUACAAUGUCAAAACCCUCCACGACACCACCUCCCUACCUGCUAUCAUUGCCCCACUUGCUACCAUCCGCAAUACCAGCACCAUCUCCCCACCUGCUACCACCUACAAUGACACUACCACCCUCAACACCACCUCCCUACCUGCCACCACCUACAAUGUCACCAUCCCCCACGAAAGCACCUCCCCACCUGCUAUCAUUGCCCCGUUUGCUACCAUCCAGAAUACCACUACUACACACAUCACCACCUCCCCACUGGCUACCACUGAUAAUACCACCACCACCCACAACACCACCUCCCCACCUGCUCUCAUUGCCCCACUUGCUACCAUCCACAAAACCACCACCACCUCCCCACCUGCUACCACCUACAAUGACACCACCCCCCCCAACACCACUUUCCUACCUGCUAUGACCACCCCACUUGCUACCAGCCACAAUACCACUACUACCCACACCAUUUCCCCACCUGCUACCACCUCCAAUGACACCACCAUCCACAACACCACUUCCCCACCUGCUACCACCUACAAUGACACCACCAUCCACAGCACCACUUCCCCACCUGCGACCACCUACAAUGACACCACCAUCCACAACACCACUUCCCCACCUGCUACCACCUACAAUAACACCACCAUCCACACCACCACUUCCCCACCUGCUACCACCUACAAUAACACCACCAUCCACAGCACCACUUCCUCACCUGCUACCACAUAUGACACCAUCCACCACAACACCACUUCCCUACUUGCUAUCAUCACCCCAUUUGCUACCAUCCACAAUACCACUACUAUCCAGAACACCACUUCCCAAGCUGCUACCACCUACAAUGACACCACCCCCCAUGACAUCACUUCCCUACCUGCUACCACCUACAAUGACACCACCUCCCAUAACACCACUUCCCUACCUGCUAUCAUCACCCCAUUUGCUACCAUCCACAAUACCACUAUUACCCACAACACCACUUCCCCACCUGCUACCACCUACAAUGCCAUUACCCCCUACAAUACCACUUCUCCACCUGCCAGCACCUACAAUACUACCACCGCACACAACAUCACUUUCCCACCUGCUAUUAUCACUCCACUUGCUACUGUCCACAAUACCACCACCACCUCCCCAGCUGCUACCACCUACAAUGACACCACGACCCCCAGCACCACCUUCCUACCUGCUAUGACCACCCCACUUGCUAUCAUCCACAAUACCACUACUACCCACAACACCACUUCCCUGCCUGCUACCACCCAUAAGAUCACCAUCCUACCUGCUACUAUCCACACUACCAUAUCCCCAGCUACUAUUAUCACCACAACUAGCAUCACCCACAAUACCAUAGCCCUACCUGCUACCUCCCUACCUGGCCCCACCCACAACACCACCUUCAUCACCUCCCCCAAGAAGCCUGUCACUCCGCCACAGCCCAUCCCAAACUCCACCUCCCCAUCUCCCAUUACAUCCACAUCCACUCAAAAGACUGUCCUCACCCCAGCUGGCAGCACCACAACAUUCACUAGCAAGUCAACCCCUACCUCAACAGCUACCACUCCCAUAAGCCCUGGCAAGACAGCUGUUCCCCCUGCACUGGCCAUCACCGUGUCUUCCACAACCAAGAUCACCCCCAAGACAGCCACUAAAAAACCAGCUACCAACACGACAUGGCCACCAAAGCCAUUACCACCAGGAUACAUCAUUCUUGAACCGGUCACCGCAUCAGGAUCCAAACCAGCUUUCCAUUUGCUGCAUGCCUUCUCCGUUACCAUCGGAAUCUCUUUGUUGAGCAGGUUUCUCUAAGGCCACCAUCACGGGCUCUGCCUCCACCAUGUUCCUCCUUCCUUUAACUCCUCCCCUGACAGAAACUAGCUGAGAUGGCAGCUGCAGACAUUUCAUGUCCCACCCCCAAGGGAAGCAGUGACACCAUGGAAAGCAGAGACGCACAGUGUAUCAAGCAGCUGUAGCACCGUCACUCUGAUUCCCUGGGGCAAUGCAAUCAUCCCUGAGAAAAGGGAAAGCCCAUUAACACUACACUGUGGGUGUUGUCGCUCAGCUGUUUGGAGAGAAGAGCAGUACAAGAAUCUCACGCCAGGAGCAGCAGCAGCAGCAGCAGCAGCAUGCUGAAAAUCCCCAAAGGACCCUUCAUAUCAGCUCACUUUGCCCCAUCCAUGGGUAUGCAAAGCCUUCUCCAGCUGAACUUCCAAGGCCAAGCCCUCCUCAGGAGCAGCACCUGAUGCCUACUCUGCAUCUUCUUGGUCAGCAAGGGUGAAGCCAGCCCAUAGGGUUACCUAGAGGAAAGUCCAGUUGUGGGGAAGGUUGCAGGAAGUAAAGGACACGGGCUGAAAUACUGAUUCACUUUGAAAUAAACAGGCUAUGGUAGGCAGAUCCAUUGCUGAUGUAACUCCACUGGUUUCAACGCAGUGAAGCUAGCGAUUAAUUUGACCCACUGUUCUGUGCAUGACACAUUAACUACACGUGGUUACAAAUAAAACUGAUAAGGCCAAGUCCUUGGCUGGUAUAAAUUGCCGCACUGCCAUUGAAGUUAAGGGAGCUGCAGCAAUUUAUACCACCAGUGAAUAAUGUUAGCGGGGGUGGGUGUGGGGAAUCACCAUUUUUCUAGCAC